AUGAAAAGCCCUGACCCCUCCUCGACCCCGCCUCACUCCUCUGUGAUUGGCCCCAGUGGCACACACUCUCUUACGGGCAUCCCAGCUGAAUCGGUGGGCAACUUCCUGUGUAUCUCCGAGCAGAGUAAAUUUCCCGAGCUGGGCCAGUGGAGCGUGUUGCCGAGCAUACUGCAGAAGCAUUGCUGUAUCUUACCUGACAGAAACACAGAAUCACAGUGUACACUGUGUGGUGAGCCUGAAGGUGAGGGGGCUGGGGAGGCUAUCGUUCCUGGUGUGGACGGCCCUGGAGAGAAGAGAGAAGAUAUUGACCAGCAGUAUUCAUGGUCGCCAUCCCAGUACUUCGAUGAAGACAGCUACUCUCCCCCUCCCAAGAACAUGAAGGGUCUAUCCGGCGGCCGGCCUCAGCUCCAGAUCUCCGCGCACACGUGCGGCAUCUCCGACUGCGAGCACUCCCUGGACCACCUGCAGCAUGGGCCGGCCGACGCGCGCCAGUCCUACCUGCUCAGCCCCACCGAGAGCUGCCCGCUGGACCACCACCACCACCGCUGCUCGCCGCGCAGCUCCAUCCACUCCGAGUGCAUGGUGAUGCCCGUCUCCAUGGCCUCGGACCACGUGUCCAGCAGCACCUUCCCGCGCAUGCACUACAGCUCGCACCACGAGGGCUCGCGGGACGACUGCUCCACGGCGCACGUCCCCGGCGGCGGCGGCGGCGGAGGGGGGAUGAACCGCAUCCCGGCCAACCUGCUGGACCAGUUCGAGAAGCAGCUGCCCAUCCACCGCGACGGCUUCCACACGCUGCAGUACCAGCGCACGUCCACCACGGCCACCAGCGAGCAGCGCAACGAGAGCCCCGGACGCAUCCGCCACCUGGUGCACUCCGUGCAGAAGCUCUUCACCAAGUCCCACUCGCUGGAGGGCUCGUCCAAGAUGAACGGCACCAAGGGGGGCGGGGACUCGCGCUCCUCGGACGGCGGCGGCGGCCACCACCACGGCCACCACGGCGGGCACCACCACCACGGCCACGGGCACCACAAACACAGCAAGCGCAGCAAGAGCAAGGAGCGCAAGUCCGAGUCCACCAAGCACCGCUCGGGCAUGGCCGGCUGGUGGAGCUCCGACGACAACCUGGACAGCGACAGCACGUACCGCACGCCCAGCGUCAUGAGCCGCCACCACGUGGACCACAUCAGCCACUGCUACCCGGACUCGGUGCAGAGCCACUUCGGCGACCUGUCGCUCAAGACCUCCAAGAGCAACAACGACGUCAAGUGCUCGGCGUGCGAGAGCAUGGCCAUGGCGCCCGAGGGCAAGUUCAUGAAGCGGAGCUCGUGGUCCACGCUGACCGUCAGCCAGGCCAAGGAGGCGUACAGGAAGUCCUCGCUGAACCUGGAGAAGCCCGUCAUGCCGCAGGACCUGAAGCCCUCCUUGAGGGCGUGUCAUUACCUGCAGGUGCCUCAGGACGAGUGGAGCGGUUACCCCGGCGGCAAGGACGACGAGAUCCCGUGCCGGCGGAUGCGCAGCAGCAGCUACGUGAAGGCCAUGGGCGACGAGGAGAGCGGCGAGUCGGACUCCAGCCCCAAGGACUCGCCGCAGAAGAGCGCCCGCUCCGACGCCCUGGUCAAGUCCGUCCUGCAGAGGCAGCUCUCGGACUCCCAGAGUCAAAGCUACCAUUUGCAAGCCACGAGAGACAUCCAUCCCAGCAUCACCCUGGAUCCCUCCGCCAACUAUAACUCCCCCAAGUUCCGUUCCAGGAACCAGAGCUACAUGCGAGCCGUCAGCACCCUCAGCCAGGCCAGCUGUGUCAGCCAGGUGAGCGAGACGGAGAUCAACGGUCAGUUUGAGUCCGUGUGUGAGUCGGUCUUCAGCGAAGUGGAGUCCCAGGCCAUGGAGGCGCUGGACCUGCCGGGCUGCUUCCGCACGCGGAGCCACAGCUACCUGCGGGCCAUCCAGGCCGGCUACUCCCAGGACGAUGAGUGCUUGCCCUCCAUGACCUCCUCCACCGUCACGUCCACCAUCCGGUCCACGACAGCGGUCACCUACACGCCCAGCACGCCCAGCUACAAGCGCACGCCGCCGCCCGUGCCCCCGCGCACCACCUCCAAGCCGCUGAUCUCGGUGACGGCGCAGAGCAGCACCGAGUCCACGCAGGACGCCUACCACGACGGGCGCAUCUCGCGCUCGGGCGGCGCCCUGUGGGCGGCCGACGGCCUGGGCCUGAGCCUGGGCCGCGCCCUCUACAACUCCACCGACAGCCUGGACAGCACCAAGGCGGUCAGCAUCGCCAUGGAGGCGGCGGCGGCCAUGGCCAGCAAGCGCCACCCGUCCACCGACAGCCACAGCUCGGUGCUGACCUGCGACAAGGCCGUGCUGGUGUCCAAGGCCGAGGAGUACCUCAAGACCCCGCGCUCCUCCAUAGGGAUACAGGUGGAGGCGGCCACGGACUCGGAGUCGGAGAGCAAAGGGCUGCGGGAAUUCCACUCCGUCGGGAUCCAAGUGGAAGAUGAGAAACGGCAGGGCCGCUUCAAGCGCUCCAACAGCGUGACGGCGGCGGUGCAGGCGGACCUGGAGCUGGAGGGCUUCCCCGCCAUGGAGGACAAGGGCCUGCAGUUCGGCGGCGGCUUCCAGCGCCACUCGGAGCCCAGCACGCCCACGCAGUACGGCGCCGUGCGCACCGUGCGCACCCAGGGCCUCUUCAGCUACCGCGAGGACUACCGCACGCCCACCGAGCCGCCCAGCCCCCAGCGCAGCCCCGAGCCCUGGCUGGAGACGCCCACGCGCGACGCCGCCUCCUCCCCGGCCUCGCCCUCGUGCCGGCGCGACGGGAGCUUCUUCAUGACGCUGCUGCACGCCGAGACCAAGAAGAUGGAGGGGUGGUGCAAGGAGAUGGAGGCAGAGGCGGAGGAGAACGACCUGUCGGAGGAGAUCCUAGGGAAAAUCCGGAGCGCCGUGGGCAGCGCUCAGCUCCUCAUGUCUCAGAAAUUCCAGCAGUUUUACUGGCUGUGUCAGCAAAACCUGGACCCCAGUGCCAUGCCCAGACCAACCUCUCAGGACCUGGCCGGAUUCUGGGACCUCCUUCAGCUCUCCAUCGACGACGUCACCUCCAAGUUCGACGAGCUCCAGCGGAUCAAGAGCAACGGCUGGAGGCCUGUCGAGAGCCCGGAGAAGAAGGUGUGUGCAGAAGACUGGCAGUUGCCACCUCCUGUACCAAAGAAGAUCCUGCGAGCGAGGAGCGGCGUGACGCGGGAGAAGUCCCUGGACCUGCCCGACCGCCAGCGGCAGGAGGCGCGGCGCCGGCUCAUGGCCGCCAAGCGGGCGGCGUCCUUCCGGCAGAACUCCGUGUCGGAGCGCGCGGACAGCAUCGAGAUCUACAUCCCCGAGGCCCAGACGCGACUCUGA